GCGACCGCACGACCAGAGCGCAACGACCGACUCACCGUCCGACCUCAGCCCGACUCCCUGCGCCCCGGUCUGGGAUGCUUUUAGCGCAGAGCCGCCUCCACUCAGGGCAGCCAGUGGACGUCGACGCAGAUCACCAACACUGUUUUCGUUGUUGUUGUUAUUUUUAACCGAGGAUCUUUCCCCCUGCACCCCCUCACCCCCCAUUUUUUAAGUGUUUAUGUUUGUUUCUUCAUGACUGCUGCUUUGGGAAGCGAGCCUCAGCACCAGCUCCAGCAACGCCAACACCAUGCGAGCCCAAAUCGAAGUCAUACCUUGCAAAAUCUGCGGAGACAAAUCAUCAGGUAUCCACUAUGGAGUCAUAACGUGUGAGGGAUGUAAGGGUUUCUUCAGACGGAGUCAGCAGAAUAAUGCAUCCUACUCCUGCCCCCGCCAGAGGAACUGCCUCAUCGACAGAACAAACCGCAACCGAUGCCAACACUGCCGCCUGCAGAAAUGUCUCGCCCUAGGAAUGUCCAGAGAUGCGGUAAAGUUUGGCCGCAUGUCCAAGAAGCAACGUGACAGUCUGUAUGCAGAGGUCCAGAAGCACCAGGCGAGACUGCAGGAGCAGCGGCAGCAGCAGACAGGCGAAGCAGAAGCUCUGGCACGUGUUUACUCGUCCAGCCUAACCAAUGGACUGUCCACCCUUAACCAUGAGAUUGGGGGCACCUAUGCUAAUGGUCACGUCAUUGAACUGCCCAAGGGUGGCCACGGUAACGGAGGCGGAGUCCCAGGGGGGUACUAUGGGAUGGAUUCCACCCAGCCGUCUCCAGAUCAGUCAGGUUUGGACAUGUCGGGAAUGAAACACAUUAAGCAGGAGCCGGUGUAUGACCUGACGCCAGUGCCCAACCUGUUCAGCUACGGAGGCUACCAGGAAAGUCAGCUGGGACCCAAUAACGUCAGCAUGGGAGAGCUGGACCGUAUAGCUCAGAAUAUCAUCAAGUCCCACCUGGAGACAUGUCAGUACACAACAGAGGAGCUACAGCAGCUAGCCUGGCAGACACACUCCUAUGAAGAGGUCAAGAUGUACCAGAGCAAGCCCCGGGACGUGCUGUGGCAGCAGUGUGCCAUCCAGAUCACCCAUGCAAUCCAGUACGUGGUGGAGUUCGCCAAGCGCAUCUCAGGGUUCAUGGAACUGUGCCAGAAUGACCAGAUCCUGCUGCUCAAGUCAGGUUGUUUGGAGGUAGUCUUGGUGCGGAUGUGCAGGGCGUUCAACCCUCUCAACAACACUGUGCUGUUUGAAGGGAAGUACGGAGGCAUGCAAAUGUUCAAAGCUCUAGGUUGUGAUGACUUAGUGAGUGCAGUGUUCGACUUUGCCAAGAGUUUGUGUUCACUGCAGCUGACAGAGGAGGAGAUCGCUCUGUUCUCGGCAGCUGUACUAAUUUCCACAGAUCGGCCGUGGCUGAUGGAGCCUCGGAAAGUCCAAAAGCUCCAGGAGAAGAUCUACUUUGCCCUGCAACAUAUUAUGCAGAAGAACCACAUGGAUGAAGAUGCACUGGCUAAGCUGAUCAGCCGAAUCCCAACGUUGUCAGCCCUGUGCACGCUCCACACCGAGGAGCUCCAGGCCUUCCAGCAGCUCCACCCAGAGACGGUCAACAUCCUCUUCCCUCCGCUCUACAAAGAACUCUUCAACCCCGACCCCAACUCUGCCAUGGUCAUGCCCAAGUGACUGCCUGUGGUCCCAAUGCAACAAACGGCAUCAGCAGAGGACCAAGAAAAUAAGAAGACAGCCACGUCUGACGAGACGACAGCAGCCGCGUCGAUUAUGUCACCAUCGUGGCAACAACAUGCUCCUGAGCUCCCCGAGCCUCAUUUCAGGCUGGGGGGUGAGGAGUCAUCUGCCAGAAACUUACAGUUACCGCCAACAAUACUAGGAAUGUCCAGCACUUAUCCCAUCCUGUUCACCGAUACAGUCUGAAGAAUGUAUAUAUAAAUGAAACGCGCCCCAAGCCACAACUAAAGCGGGGCUUCCUCCCGUCUCCUGAACUGAACUGACUGACCAGAAAUGUACAGACUUUAAAAACAUCUAGGAACAAUUUUAAGCUGUCAAUCUUUAAAAAAAAGUGGGUAAGUUAAUUUGUUUUAACUUUGAAAAAAAUCUUUUUGGUUUGUUUGAUUUUUUUUUUUUUUUUUUUUUCAUGUGAAGAAAAUUGUGAAUUUGAAGAAGCUGGACGGGGGAGGGAACUGUGGAUUUAGAGAAGCUAUUGUAGAUAUUCUUCUAGUGCAGAGCGGAUUCCAGUAUUACUUCUUGUUCUGUUAAAAUAAGUUAGUCCUAAUUUAAAUAUACAGCAGUCCAUUGAGGCUGACUAUACCUUGUCUGUGUUUUUAUUUUAUUUGAUAGUUUCUUGUGUACAGAAUUUGUAAAGUUGAGACUUGUAAAAGAAUAUUGGGUAAAACCGGGAGUCGAUUCGGGUUUUGUUGAUAUAUAGAAGCCUUGUCUGGAUUUUGUUCAUAUGUAAAGAAGGAACUGCAUCCUUCUGAUGAGAACUUAUAGAAAUGUAAAGAGAGCAUAUGAAGGAUUUAAAAAGAAAAUAAUGGCUACUACUUUUCAAGGUGAAGAUAUAUACAUAAAUAUUCUAUUUUGCAAGAAAAAGAAUCUGGCAGAUUUGCCAUACUAUCAAUCAUUUUCUUCUCGCUGCAAUAAUUACGUCCAAAAAAGCUGGACUGCUUUCGAACAAUCAAACAGAAACAACCAAUCAGAAACUAGGACCUCACUAUGAAACCCCGCUUUUCCCAAAUUCCUGUCACCCUGCCCCUUAUUUCUUAUGUAUUAGGGCCUUGACAUGAGAUUUCAACAGACAGUUAAUUCACAGCGGAUUUUAAAAAUUCCACAAACAAAAUCAAGACAAACUUUAAUUAAAUUUACAAUUUUCCAAUCUUCAAAAAACCUGUAAGCGCCCUCAUCCCUGUCAUCACUAUUUGCACAAUUCAGUUCAUGGAUGUCAAUCAAUCCAGGCUGUGAAUAUGAAGGACCCUUUUUCUCUAAAGAGCAAUAACUUUCACACUGCCUUUCUGAUCUCUCCUUUCCUCCUCUUUCUAUUUUCAGCUGUUCAGAACAGGGUAGCAGUUUUUAACUAGAAUGCACUAUAUUUGACUCUUGUCUUGAUCAUUAAUUAUGUCUAACAAUCAUCUUUAUGGAUAGUAAUCAUUCCACUACGCACUCGGCAGUGUUUUUAACGUGAUAUGAUCUGGGGUUAGGAAAUAACUGAAAAGAUGUGAGGAAACACAGAUUAGCCUCUGGUGAUCUUGAACACUUUUAAAGCUGCAAUAUUACACUGACGAUUCACACAGACAGCUGUGAUAGACAAUCACUUUUUGCUUAGUCAUUCCAUAAUUAUUAGCACUUACAGAUUGUCAUAUUUUUGUUGCUUUUUCUACAUUAAUGUUAUGUUGAUUAGCAUUUGGCCACUGUGUAAAAUCGCACUGCUCUUACUGUGGAUUUACACGAUCUGAGCAUGUUGUUAGCACUUCUGCAUUCAGCCACUUGAUGGUCUGUGUGCAUUACU